AUGGCUAUUUAUGCUCUUUUCAAAAAAAAGAAUAUGGCACAAUUGCAACCUGAAAGAGUUGUUGAAGAAUGUAUUCAAGAAAGUAGCACAACACCACAUUUUGAAGCUAAGAAUAAGGAGGAUAGUGCAUGUUUCAAAUUUAAUGUGCAGGCACCUGAAUUUGUACCAAGAUCUCAUAAUACAACAACUCCAAUUUCAAGUUAUUUUUACCCAUAUUUUCAGUAUCUUUCUGGGGGUAAUACUACUUCUGAUUGGUUAUAUGUUGCUGAUCAAGACACUCUUUCUUAUGUUCCUAAUCAAAAUUUCUCUGCGUUGCUUCAAAAAGAUGUUCUUCCAGAAGAUGUCAAGAACAAGAUCAUUAAACAGGUUGAAUAUCAACUUAGUGACAUGAGCUUGCUGGCAAAUGAGAACUUAUUGAGACAGAUGAAUAAGGACCUUGAAGGCUUUGUCCCAAUUUCCUCUGUUUCGGCUACGAAGAAAAUCAAGUCCCUCAUAACUAACCAGCAGACACUUGCUCAUGCCCUCCUGUCCUCUACAAAACUGAUUGUAAGCAAUGAUGGCAAGAAGGUUAAAAGAAGAAUUCCAUUUACUGAUAAGGAUAAAGAGGAUUUGCAGUUACGCACAGUUGUUGCUGAGAAUUUACCAGAUGAUCACUCCCAUCACAACAUUGAGAAAAUAUUCAAGGUAGCUGGAAGUGUCAAAACCAUCCGUGUAUGUCAUCCCCAGGAUCCAAACUUGUCGCGUGCUAGAGGAGACAUUGGCAUUAGCAACAAGCUCCAUGCACUGAUUGAGUUUGAGAAUCCUGAAGCAGCUGAGAGAGCAGUUGAGAAGUUAAAUGAUGAAAGGAAUUGGAGAAAAGGCCUAAGAGUGAGGUUACUCCUCAGACGUUCACCAAAGUCUAUACUAAAGAUCAGAAAGUGUGAAUUUGAAGGAUGUUUUGAUGAUGAAGAUGGACUGCCUUCUGAAGACUCUGAUAGCAAUAAUGUUGAAGACGGUGUAGGAUCAGCCAAGAAAGCAUGGAACAAAGGACGUGGGAAAUUAAGAAUGCGUCCUCAAAUACAUGGUGGUCGAGGCCUACUUGCUGCACUUCCACAAAGCAGCAGCAGCAGCUCAGGUUUAGGUGAAGGACCAGUGAGACAAGUUACAAAAGGGCCAAGAAUGCCCGAUGGAACGAGAGGUUUCACCAUGGGAAGAGGGAAGCCUCUCACAGCUACUCUUAUAUCCGGAGUACAUGUAAUUGCCUAA